UGGCAGCGGCUCGAAGAGCGGUGGAAUGAUAUCCAAGUGGGCCGUCAAGGUUCGUACUCCGUCGAGCGUCUUGAGAGUUUGGCCCACUACUGCAAAACCACGUCACGCACUCGAGUCAUUCUCGUUUGCGUAUGUACGCCAUUACCGACACUUACAUUCGUACUGUUGCUCGAGUGUUUGCCACUUCGACCCCCAUCUGAAGGGUGGGCUGCCAACUGGAUACUCUGGCUUCGCUUGGGCUUGAUGGUGUUCGGAAUAACCUUUGUAGGGAUCUCCGACCUGAUCUUGUUUAUCCCAAAUUUCGACUUCUCAAGUCGCAAGCGGUUAAUUGUAGCACUUGGGUGCGCCGUGGGCUACGUGGGGUCGUGUUUACUUGGUGCAGCAAACGAUAUCGUUGGGUUCCCGAUUCCGUUCAUUUGGCAAUUUGGGGGUCUGUUGCUCGGGAUUUUUCUCCCGAUAAUGGGUUCUACCCCGUUCGCAAGCAACUCGUCGUUCCGUCCAUACUUCGAGAAAUAUUGUAAACUUCUUUUUGGCUUUAUGACGCUUGCCGGCGUAUUUCCGCUCUUCAAAGUUUUGUACGACCUCGUGCCUGUAGCGUAUCGAGGCGGUGCUCUGAUCGUACUGCCAGUAUGGAAA